CUACUCUCUACUCUCUACUGACUCCCACUAACUCAUCGCCUCGGUCGGCAACAUGCAGCACCACGGAAUGAUGCAGGUUUCCUCGGGGGAAAAAAUGAUAAUAUCAAUGCCACGACAUUCCCUCUCCUGAUUAAUUUCCCCCCCUUCCCCUCCCGCUCGGAUGUCCAUCCCGGUACCGGAUCUGGGAACCGACACCGUAUAAGAACCAUCCCAACUGGACAACUCACCACACAUCUGCUGCCUCCAUUCACCACUGACAUCCACACUGUCGAUCCCACCAUGGACCUUGCCCAAUGCCUCGCCCGUCUCCCCGGCACCGUCCACUGCAUUGACAUGCACACCACGGGCGAGCCCACCCGCAUCAUCUACGCCGGCUACCCAGCCCUCACCGGCACUCUGCUCUCCCAGCGCGACCAAGCCCGCUCGCACCAUGACCACAUCCGCAAGCAGACGAUGCUGGAACCCCGCGGCCACCCCGCCAUGUACGGGGCCAUCAUCCGGCCCGAGACGGAGCUGGUGGCAUCUGGGGAAGCAGACAUCGGGGUGCUGUUCACGCACAACGAGGGCUACUCGACGAUGUGCGGACACGCGACCCUUGCCUUGGGCCGCUUCCUGGUGGACACGCACGACCCGACCGUCUUUCCGGGGCGGGAGGGGCUGGUCCACGACCCUCGGAGCCAGACGGUCAGGCUUCGUCUGCAUGCGCCCUGCGGAGUGGUCCAACUCAGCGUGCCGACCAGCGCCAAGGGAACCCAAUCCGACCCCAAGCGGCCCGUCACUUUCCUGUCCACUCCGGCCUACGCCACAGCCCUCCAGGUAACCAUCCCCAUCCCCCCCGACGCCCGAUGGCCGGAGCUCCCCGCCACGAAGCACUCCAUCGUGCUGGAUGUCAGCUACGGCGGCGCCUUCUACGCCAUCGUCGACGCCUCCGAGCUGGGCUUUCCCGGCCUCGCGCACGUAGAUCUCGCCGCCACCACCCGCUGCAUGCAUAUCCUCAAGCCCUACCUGAUGACCCGGCCCGAGAUCAUCGCCGCCGUCCAACACCCGCACGAGCCGCGUCUGUCGUACCUCUACUCCGUCAUGAUCGUGGACCCCACCCUCGGGGCCAGUAGUCCGGGGAGUAGCAACAGCAGCAGCAGCAGCAGCAGCAACGUGUCCGGGACCGAGACAGGGCUGUGCUAUUUUGCAGAUAACCAGAUCGAUCGGUCCCCGACGGGGUCGUGCGUCACGGCGCGGAUGGCCCUCGCGCACGCCAAGGGCGUCCGUCCCGUCGGCCAGCGCUGGGCGUACCAUUCCCUCGUGUCGAACCACUUCGGGGAGGGCGAGUUCAGCGCGGAGAUCGUCGAGGAGGUGGAUGCGGCGGUCUCGGGGCGGGAUACCCGGGCGGUGGUGGUGCAGGUCGAGGGCAAGGCCUUCUACACGGGGUCGGCCUCGUUCAUGGCUGAGAGGGGGGAUAUCACUGCCUCGAAUGGCUUCACCAUGGAAAGCGUGUGCUGAUUAUAGAUCAUACCGCAUUCAUCAUCAUUCUGAUUCCGCCAUGUCUCUUCCUUGUGCCGCGGGGUAGGGUCUACAUGGGGCCGAUGGAGCCGCCGACGGACCAGAGGUAGAUUUGUGCUGGUGCAGUUGUUGGUUACGAGGGCGAGGGUGAGGGAGAAGGAGGAGGGGGAAG